CUGCGGACCAAUAGCAUAGAGCCUCUACUACUAAUUCAGCGCACAUAAUAAUGUUCGUGUCCAAUCAGCAUCUCUAAUCCUGCCCAGAGGAUGCCACGUUCAAUUUGGCGUCCAUCCAUGCGAAGUGGCUCUGUGGCCCCUCCGUCUAGACGUCGACCUGUCAUGCCCUUAAUUUCUUUCACUCCACAUCAAUCGCCCCAUACUCCGUUUUCCUCACUGUUGAAACCUUUUUCGCGGACUUCGUGUUCGCCAAUUCUGGUACCUGGACUUGAGCACGAGAGUACCAGUGCGAGGAAAAUCCUGGUCUGGUUGAGGUGCCCGUGAGAGCGUCGGGGACUGCCGUUUCGGGC